AUGGAUCUACCGGGAGUCCGUGCAGCUUGGGGUUUACCGGUGGAUGGUGUACCUACCUCUGCAAGUGCCGACUCAAGGCAUCUAGCCUCCUCCAGCUCUCUCGAAAGAGGCGUACGACCGGCCGCGCCCGAGAUGAUGGCUGAAACCCAAAGGAGGGCAAGAAGGCUUGCAAAUGAUGUGUUCGUUGGUACCAGGGGCAAUGAUCUGUCGAGGGAUCUCAACGCCGCUGUGGAUACUUCCCACUACCCUAUAGAAGCUGGUCACCCAAGUGUCGAAGCGCAGGGGUAUGACGGGGACGACGACGAAGAGGUGGUCGGUGCCGACGACUCUGGAUACGCCGAACGAGACUCGACAGGAUCUGGGUCUCAGGAAGACUCAACAGAGAGGGACAGUGAAGCCUCGCCAGAGUCAAAGCCAAGGCGAAAGACAGCAAGGGGCUGUAGGUCCGGGAAGAAGGUGAAAGAGAAGCGAGAACAGCGUCGGCAAGAAAAGGAUCGUCCAAGGCUUUUGGCGAGGAGAGCUUUACUCGAGCGUCAAUUUGUUGGUAUUUACGAUCAUGCUGCUGUCGGAGGUGUGAUGCCUUAUCCAGGUGCUGGACAUGGUCUACCCCAGCGCCCCCCUCCAUUGUAUCCUUUCCCACGUCAGAUUUCACCUCACCGGCCAGAUGCCUGGCAUCAACCGUCUCAGCAGGCCCAUCAGUCACCCCAGCAAAGAUAA